UCUUUUCGCCUUCCCAAUGCCUCCGCAGUCUCCCCGCUUCCAACGCAAACGAAAUGAACCCCGUGCACACGUUACUCAUUCAAUUAGGCCUCCGGUGUAUCCAAGCGACCGAGGGUCCGGUGGUUCAGCUUGCGCCUGCGUCAACACGCAGCUUACUCGCAGUCAUGUCAGCCGCAGCUGAUCGCCCUUCGACUAAUUCGACGCCAUUUCGAGCGGGGCAAAUGAGGGGUGGGGGUAUAGGAAUUGUUUCUCGCUUUAUGCAUUAACGUAUUCGCUAUACGAGUUUGCCCGCCAGAAGACAGUUCGCGGACCUCUUUCCAGCCGGUCUGUUGAGGACGGGACAGUCGUGGCUAUUCUGUAUCCGAGUAUAUAUAUAAAUACACACUCGACGCGUAUCCCGCAUCUCGAAGGAUAUGUGCAGGACAUCAGGGCUUCUCCGCUGGUCGCUGCUCCUAUGGAUGCUUAAAGACGACGCCGCUUUGGCCUACAAGUGUUCAGAAGUCUCUGACAUGGUGUUCGACCGGGCUUCGGAAUGCGUCCUGAAGGUGAUGCACCCAGUCAUGCUAGAGGCGUUCGGGAAGAGCCAACCCUCUGCUAUUACCGCUUCUGGGACGCCGGACCUUCAGCAGGUCAAGCAGGCAUGGAACAAAAGCUGCACCACUCAAGCCAACAGCAUUACUGAACUACUGGUGCCAAGUCAAACCGAUGAAGAUAAAGCCAGGUUGACAUUCAUGGUUGAAACCUGCCUCAACAGCACUAUUUUCACCACUCAGUUCGAGGUAAGUUUACAUUUGUUGUGCAAUGCAUUCAGGAAACACUCCAUGCUAAGUUUCAUUGCAGGCAUCAGCAGCAGCUAAAUGACAAGAAGCUCAACGCACUUGUAUCGAGAAACGGAUCAUGUGCACUGAGAUGGACAUUACCACUGCAGAGCCAAGGAAGAUUGUAUAAAAUUUUGGCAAGCUAUAAAAAGAAACAAUACCAGUUUAAUGAACAAAAGAGCUUUAUUUGGGUGCACACAAGAGUUACACUAUACACACAAUGUAAGGUGAUAAGCAAGUGCAAUUAAAAAAAAAAAAAGCAACGUGGAAUGGCGCACCAGAUCAGUACACGAGACAGUGUCACUUGAAAGUACAU